UUUAUAAAAUGUUCCAAAAAACGUUAAAUUAAAGCUCGAAAUAUUAUUUUGGUCACAGCAAUUUUAAAGAAAGCUACAAAACAAAAAACAAAAAAGUAUUUCAAAAAUUGUAUUAAUUGAGUUAUAGCGCUGCUAACAGUAAUCCCCUUUGAUUUCACUCAAAUCCUUCGCUUACUAAAUUGAAGCGUUUCCUACGCUACCAAACCGCAGUUUAGUUGUUGCAUUUUCAACAGCUUGUUCGAGCAACUAAUGAAAAGUUGCGUUUCCCGUAAAGCUUCACAAAGUCAACGUGCACUUGUUUGUAUGUAUGUGUGUGCUUAGCCAGUGCUAAGGAUUAAGUUCAAGUAAAAGUAGCAACAUAUUUAUUACGCGGCCAAAGCAGCGUCGACUUCUUGCCUGCUUUAUGGAUUAAUCCGAUUACUUGUCAAAACAAAAUUUCACGCAGCAGCAACAACAACAACGAAAUCUACAACAAGUGCAACCAAGAAAAAAAAAACAGCAGACACUAUUCUAUACCACGUUCACAUAAUAAAAUCAACUUUUCACCCUCGACGCACUUAAAGUCAUUUCGGUAGUUUCGAUCCUCAACUUGUUUGCUUAGUUUGUCUGGCGGUGGCGUGAGUUAUUAGUGAAUAUCAUAUUUUAAGUGCAAGUAGUGGCACAAGCUUCCAAGUGUGUGUUUGUGUGCGUAUUUAUGUGGUGUCUACAUAUAUUCAUAUAUUAAGUUACCAAAAAGUUAUAAUAACGACAAAAAAGCUUUCCCGCUUUGGGUCCUCCCACUUUUUACGGUUCAAGGAAAUUUCAUUUGUGGGCUUAAAUCGUUUUCAAUAAAGUUAUCAAACUGGAGAAACUAUUAGCACGGGCAGAACCAACGCCAGGAGUUUCAGAAGAAUGGGGCUCUGGUUGGAAUGGUCCAAAUUUUAUUGUGGAAAUCGAAGAGACUGGCUCUGCCUCAGCAACGAACACAGAUUAUCUCAACAGCAGCGAAGAUGUGACCAAUUUAACUCCACUGAAUUCCACCCUAGCGGGGAGUGGUCCCAAAAUCGUGGUACGACCGGAAGAGGUGAUCAUUGUGGGCCUAGUGUUGAUGCUUUGGGUUGGCGCCAUCGUACUGUUCUUUAACCGCUGGGGUAAAAUACGCAUGCUGGAACCCUAUCAACCGAAAUUCCAGCAACAACAUCGAUCUUCCUGUCCGCUAGUCGAUAUUGAUACAAUACCAACACAUGGGCGCGCAUCUGUAUCUCGUAUGUCAAUGGGUUUAGUGAAUAAUAUAAAUAUGCCGACCUGUCAAUUCGCAGCCUACAAUCCGACGAUAUAUGCGAAAGGUUAUGCUGUGAAUAUGCGCCCGCGGCAAAACUCGGUGUUCGUUGGCUCCAGCCCCAGUCAGUUUAUGAUGCCACGACCGCCGCGUAAAACACGCUCCGCCAUGGACUUACAUUCGAUGGUGCUGGAUGAAGCGGCGGAGCAGGUUUAAAUACAUUUCCAUGUUUACUAUGAAGCACACCAACGCUUAAGAUCGACCCUAAAGUUUCUUAUGUAAAAAAUAUGAAUGUUUUUGCUCACUAUCACUCUCAACUAAUUGAAAGAAAUCAAUAGAAUAUUUACUCCAAUGUAAUUAAUUGUUUGCUCUCGCACUUGUUAUUUGCUACAAGUCACUACUAUUUACCAAAACUAUGUAUACUAUAUUAUAUAUAUCUUUUAAACAGUAUAUAUACUUACGAACAUAUUUUUAUGCUUAAGAAUUCUUCCUAUUAUAAUGAAAUAAUAUUAUAUAAGUUGCGUUCUUAUUAUAAAUUUAUAUGAAAUUCACGUUUCUAUGACUACUAUCGAAACUUCGUCUUAUUCUAAGCCACCUACUAACUAAAGAAACUAUGUAUGUAUAUGUAUAUACCUAGUAUAUUACGUGAGUAAUUGAGUGUUUUAUACAUUUUAUAUGUACGUAUAUAAUAUACUAGUUAUGAACUCUCACUAAAAAUGGAACGGAAGAUGCAUUGACUUCGAGUCGUUAUAUUUUUAUAUGCACACUCCUUGAUAUUAUAAUCCAGAGUUGCCGCUGUUAAAUUUUUUCAAUAUUUUCUGCGUAGAAAAAUAUGAAAAGAGCCGAAUUCGCAAGUAAAUUUAUUGCUCGCAUACCCUUGGCUGUCAUUGCUUUCGAAUCUCUACCAGUUUUGUAUUUUAUUUGCUUUUUAGAAAAUACUAUAUUAUAUUCAUAUCCACUAUUGCGCUGGAUUUAAGAAAUGUUUCUGAUAAUAUCUUCACAAUAUGAGUAAGUAUUGAAAUAUAUUAUAAGAUGAUCAAAGAGAGAUUUAUCUAUUGAACUAACUCCAGUAAAAUAAACUUAGUGGAUUGGCUACCGUCGGAACAAUCUUGCCAAACCUUUGAACAAGGUCCUAUUUUCAUAUAAGUUAUUAUUAACUGGUAUUCUUGGUCACUUGUUGUGGUAUUAUUAGCGAAAUUGGAAGAUUUUGGAAGUCGACAUAUAUACAUAUGUAUAUGUACAUAUAUUUCGUAUUACGAAUGUUACAUAUGUAUAUAUCAUCUAAUAAGCAAAAUGAAGUAACAUCACUUUUCAUUAGUUUACAGGAGAAGGAAAAAUGAUAUAAUGAAAUACUCAUAAUGAAAAAAAAAAAAUUGAGUUUUGGUUACGAAAUAGUUAUAUACUGGUUAUAUAUUGGUUAUAUCUGACAGUGGGAGGUUAAAAUCUUAUAAUACAUACAUAUAUGUAUAUUUUAUAAUAUGAGGUAUCAAACCGAAAGCAAUAAAAACUGAAUCUAGAUUUUUUUUUUGAUGAUACGUAGUUUUGCAUUUCAGGUGACGAUCUACAAUUUCAAGAACCAAUAAAUAAUAAUACUCGGCUUUAGGAUAGACUUGAUUAAAAGUUCAUAAAUGCACUGCAACCUAUGAUCUAUUGUUUUCUCGCCUGCUAUCACAACACUUAACACAAUUGAAUCCAGGAGGCUUAAUAAAGAUACUGAAUUAUUUGAUGUAGCUCGCUGAUUCUUCUUAUAACUACACUCAAUCAAGAAGCAUGUGUUUCUGUGUCUCUGUUUAGAACUUGACUAUUACUGAGAAUGAUUAUACGUUCACCAAGGUAGUUGAUUAUAUCUGUAUUGAGCUUUACUAGUAACAGCUUUUUCCAACGAAGCUCAGGCGUUUGCUGUGGGUAGGGAAUUCUAUGAACGCUUUCCUCCUUCCGUAAUGUGCGGAUUGGUGAACAAAACAAUGAUUGGAAGGUUAGGUUAACUUGGUAGGCCAGUAAAUCAUACAUAGGCCAGUUAUAGUCCUCAGUGGCCUCACAAUCGAUACUCCAGUGAUAUCGUAGGGCCCCCCCAGAUGCUUACAGCGUAGUAGUCUUUUCAAUGCGAGACAAUUGCACAAAGAUGCUCCAUUAUUUCUCUCGCGCCUUGCUCUAGACAUUUUCUGCAGUCUUCUCGAUCUGUCAGCGCCAUUCUGCGGACAUGUGCCGCCACCAGUGACCAGUUAGGUUUUUUUACUUCCUUUCUUUUAUUCAGAUCGUCGUAUAUACAAUGCGUGGUUUUCCUAAUGUCGAUUUCGUUCAAUUUUGGCAAUCUCGGUCACUAUUUCAUUGCCCUCGAUGCUUUGUGGCCGGGCAUCCCAAAACACUUCUGGCCGAUAUGUGAUACGGGAUGUAUGGAGUGCUGCUUGACUGUCUGUGUAGAUGUUGUCUCUGGAAACAAGUGUAUUAGAGGCCAGCUCCGUGGCUUUCGCAACACCAAAUAGCUCAGCUUGAAAUAAACUGCAGUAGUUCGGCAACUUAAAAGGCUGCUUUAUGCCUAACUCUGGACAUAUAUGUAUACCAAAUCCGUUUUCUCCGGGUUCAACCCCAGACAAAAUUGCCAUGCCCAAUUCUGGAUUGUAUUGAGAGUGAUGGUCAUAAUACUGCUAAUGGUCUAUAGACACCUACGUUAUUAGGAUGGCAAUGCAUCCGCAUAUGCCACUAUCUUAGGAGCGUUCAAGUUCCUUAGCAGUUUAUUCACUACUAAUGUCCAUAGAAGCAGAGGUAUCACUCCAAUUUGUGGAGUAUCUCUACGCACUUCUUUGGUUAUUCUAUACUCGUUUCAUCCUGCUCUUAUCCGCCUAGAAUUCAAAAGGCUUCUGAUCCACCUUGUAUGGCAAAUUUUGACAAAUUAUCUUCACAACAGUUGGCAUAUGUAGCUUAUUGUCCGAGACAAUUAAUGCUAUAAUCUUCGAAGUAUUGGUUCACAUCGGACCACUCUCUCUGCCUCUGGAUUUAACAGUCGAGCAACUCAAUGUUUAUUCAGUUGAGUGUGUAUAUAAAAAUAUUUUUUUAAUAAUUGCAAUGUAAAUAUGCUUUGCAGAAAACUACUAAUUAGUAAAUAAUUCCGUAAAUUACGCGUAAGACGUUCCUUAAGAGAAACAUGCAUACGUAUACAAGCGAAAAUGAAAAUGUAUAUAUUUUCGUAAUGAUUUAAUUAAGAAACUUCAAAGAAAUGAAAAGCUUUAAUACAAACCAACAAAAGUACUGGCAAACGAGUAAAUUAGCGAAGAUUUGUGGUGGUAGUUGUGUAGAAUUAAAUACAAAAGGGAAAUAUCAAGCAACAUAAGCAAGGGUUACAAUAAAAACAAAUAUACUAAAUAGAUCUAAGUGUAAAAACAAAAAAAAAAAACAAAAAAAAAAAUUAUUUAAAGUCAAAAAUAAACUAUUUAACUAUACAUAUUUCUUAAUUUUUGUGCUAUUUUACACAAACGUUUCAAAUAAAUACUACUAAUACUAAGCAAAAGCAUAUAAAUACUUAUGUAUUUUUUACAAUAUAUGUACACAUGUAAACAAUUAUAUAUAUAUGUGUGUCUAGCAAGCGUUUGGUCGUUGAAUUUUUCUACUUGCAGUUUUGUUAAUUGAAAAGUUUUCAAAAGUAGUUUGUUAUAUAAAGUUUAUAAUAUGCGAAGUGUAGAUUUAUAUAAGCACUUAAAAAUACAAUAUAAAAAAAAUAAAACUAAAUAAACAAAGUGGCCAAUUACUACGAUAAGUGCAAUGUAGUGCAGUUAUUAUAGUAGUAUGAAAGAUAGUGGAAUUAAACUUUUCAUUUCUCAACUAAUGACUAUUGUAUUCUAUUUCUAUUAAACAAACAAAAAUUUUAUAAAAGUUUUGGUUUCACACACUGAAACCAAAACAAGAGCAAUGGCAAAAAAGCUUUAUGAAAAUGUAUAAAAACUAAGAAAUAAGUGCAACGUCGGAUGGACUUCUGACGUUGUCAUCGGGCAAAGAAGUUAGCAUAGUCGGUACAUUAUGUAAUAAGAAUUAACAACAUAUGUAUGUACAUAACUAUUUCACAAAUAAAAUUUUAAAUCAAAUUGUAGCAUAAACCAUAGAGAUUUAUAAAGUUCAAAAAUAAAUAUUAGAAGUAAGAUAUGGGAAAAAGAUAUUUUAACAUUUUCAGCUUAGUGCAGUAAAUCAAGAACAAAAAACCAAGUCGACAAGGUUUUUGGUUGACCUUCCUUUUGGAUUCCCUUGCUUUAUAUUUAAUAGAAAACUAACUGGAUUUCCAGAUUUUCGAAGAUUUUCAAGAAAUAUUAGUACUUUUUGGUAAUUUUACUUAUAAUAAUCCUCAAUAAAUACCAAUUGAAAAAGCAAAAAAAAUUUUUGGGGUUUAGUAGAAACUAGGGUAAUGUGAGGAAUAUUAAAGAAGUUUUAAUAUUUUAUAUUACACAAAACUAUUUAUUGCACUUCAGAGUACUUUCAGUUCAGGGAAACCCAAACAGACCUCAUGGGGUUACGGGUUUCAAGAAAUUCAACAGAUUUUUUUAUUGUCUUAUUAAAUUCCACAACACCUCUAGCAUAUUGUCCUAAAUUUUAAGUUCAUCCGAGUAAAAGUUUCAAAGAUACAACCUUGAGAACUUGUGCGCUCGAGGCUAACUAAGCUAAAGCGCCGUCUUUAACCGCCUUUCACUCUAAAUUGUGUUUUUGAAGUCAUUUGGCAAGAUUUCUCGAGAACUACUCAACCGAUCUUCACGAAAUUUUACACAGGUCUUUGAGAUGCAAUUCUUAAGGAUUUAGACGAAAAAAUUUCUUUUUGAUUACAACUAUUUGAAAAAAAAAAUCGCAAAAUUUUGACUACAAUUUUUUUUUUUCAAAAACUUUAGAAUUUCUUUGUUAAUAGAGUGUGUGUGUUUGUAACAAUAAAAAAUCUAAUAAA